ACCUUCUCUUUAAUCUUCCACUCCUAAAGAAUAAACGUCUUCGGUCGAAUGCAUCAUGAGAAACAGCAAGAGUUCUCCUAAAUCUACGAACAAAAAGGACAUAUUAAUAAAUGAAUCUGCUGUGAAGGAAAUGAUCCACACUUACUGUUUCCAGACACGUGGGGCUGACAUCAAGAAGACAGCUACGGUUUCUCUCAGGCAACUUUUACUACGGGCGGGUGAUGUAGAGAUGAACCCUGGGCCCAAGUACAGAUCCAUUGGUCCUUUACAAGAAAGAGAGCUGUUGUCAUUGGCACAUGACGUAUCUCCCGAAUAUUACAACACUGUGUGCAUUGCUUUGGGGUUCACGCAUGCACGAAGUAAAAUUAUUCUGACAAAGAACCUCCUGGACGUCAGUGCAUCUGUCUUCGAUAUCUUAUGCAUGUGGAAAACAGAACAAACUAAAGGUUCUGAUUGCCGUCGUGCUCUUGUGGAAAUACUACGAGGGGAAGGCCUUAAUUUGCUUGCAAACAAAAUAUCAGAAGGAAUCUACAAAAAGUUAACAGAACAGUACACUUCUUCACCAACCACUGUUGAAAUACCUACCAACGAAUACAGGGACCACGAUUCUGACAAUCUUCUCAAGAAAGUAGCUGAGCAUAUUCAGAAGGAUACUGACAUCUACAAUCUAGGCGGGAAAUUAGAAUUUGAUCAUUCGGAAAUAAAACGUUACAUGGAAGCGAACAAAAUAGGCAACACUGUUACAUACAUGGGAACACUUGAUAUGCUCCAUGAUUGGAAGAAGAAGACGAAAAGGUCCGAAGAACGUGAAAAGUUGAAGAAAGCCCUGAAUGCGAUUAAUCACCAACGUCUGGCAGACGACCUCAUGAACGACGAUGUGGCAAGUUAG